AUGGUAUCUACACAUGGUAUCUCCAGUCACUACACAAGGAGUGCGCGGGACAGUGACGGCGGCGAGGAGGACGAGGAGGAGCGGCGCAUCACCCGCGGCUGCACGCUGCAGUUCCAGCGCGCUCAGGUGCGGGUGCUCACGCAGUUCCACACCACACAUGGUCCAGGACUCUCUGAAGGUGGCCGACGCCCGGGUGGCCGAGCUGCUGGACCGCACCGUGCUGGUCGGGCUGGAGCUGGGGACCACCUCCAUCAAGGUACAGACACCACGGGUACUACAGACACUACAGACACCAUGGGUACAACAGACACCACGGGUACUACAGACACCACGGGUACUACAGACACCACGGGUACUACAGACACCACGGGUACUACUGACACCACGGGUACUACAGACACCACGGGUACUACAGACACUACAGACACCACGGGUACAACAGACACCACGGGUACUACAGACACCACGGGUACUACAGACACCACGGAUACUACAGACACUACAGAUACCAUGGGUACAACAGACACCACGGGUACUACAGACACCAUGGAUACUACAGACAUCACGGAUACUACAGACACUACGGACACUACUGACACUACAGACACCACAGAUACUACGGACACCACAGAUACUACGGACACCACAGAUACUACAGACACUACAGACACCACAGAUACUACGGACACCACAGAUACUACAGACACUACAGACACCACAGAUACUACAGACACCACAGACACUACAGACACCACAGAUACUACAGACACCACAGAUACUACAGACACUAGAGACACCACAGAUACUACAGACACCACAGAUACUACAGACACUAGAGACACCACAGAUACUACAGACACCACUGACACUACAGACACCACAAAUACUACAGACACUAGAGACACCACAGAUACUACAGACAUCACAGAUACUACAGACACUAGAGACACCACAGAUACUACAGACACUACAGACACCACAGAUACUACAGACACCACGGGUACAACAGACACCACGGGUACUACUGACACCACGGGUACUACAGACACCACGGGUACUACAGACACUACAGACACCACGGGUACAACAGACACCACGGGUACUACAGACACCACGGGUACUACAGACACCACGGAUACUACAGACACUACAGAUACCAUGGGUACAACAGACACCACGGGUACUACAGACACCAUGGAUACUACAGACAUCACGGAUACUACAGACACUACGGACACUACUGACACUACAGACACCACAGAUACUACGGACACCACAGAUACUACAGACACUACAGACACCACAGAUACUACGGACACCACAGAUACUACAGACACUACAGACACCACAGAUACUACAGACACCACAGACACUACAGACACCACAGAUACUACAGACACCACAGAUACUACAGACACUAGAGACACCACAGAUACUACAGACACCACAGAUACUACAGACACUAGAGACACCACAGAUACUACAGACACCACUGACACUACAGACACCACAAAUACUACAGACACUAGAGACACCACAGAUACUACAGACAUCACAGAUACUACAGACACUAGAGACACCACAGAUACUACAGACACUACAGACACCACAGAUACUACAGACACUACAGACACUACAGACACUACAGACACUACAGACACUACAGACACCACAGAUACUACAGACACUACAGACACUACAGAUACUACAGACACCACAGAUACUACAGACACUACAGACACCACAGAUACUACAGACACCACAGAUACCACAGACACCACAGAUACUACAGACACCACAGAUACUACAGACACUACAGAUACUACAGACACCACAGAUACUACAGACACCACAAAUACCACAGACACCACAGAUACCACAGACACCACAGAUACUACAGACACUACAGAUACUACAGACACCACAGAUACUACAGACACCACAGAUACCACAGACACCACAGAUACUACAGACACUACAGAUACUACAGACACCACAGAUACUACAGACACCACAGAUACUACAGACACCACAGAUACUACAGACACUACAGACACCACAGACACUACAGACACCACAGAUACUACAGACACCACAGAUACUACAGACACUACAGACACCACAGAUACUACAGACACCACAGAUACUACAGACACCACAGAUACUACAGACACCACAAAUACCACAGACACCACAGAUACCACAGAUACUACAGACACCACAGAUACUACAGACACCACAGAUACUACAGACACCACAGAUACUACAGACACCACAGAUACUACAGACACUACAGAGACCACAGAUACUACAGACACCACAGAUACUACAGACACCACAGAUACUACAGACACCACAGAUACCACAGACACCACAGAUACUACAGACACCACAGAUACUACAGACACCACAAAUACCACAGACACCACAGAUACCACAGACACCACAGAUACUACAGACACUACAGAUACUACAGACACCACAGAUACUACAGACACCACAGAUACCACAGACACCACAGAUACUACAGACACUACAGAUACUACAGACACCACAGAUACUACAGACACCACAGAUACUACAGACACUACAGACACCACAGAUACUACAGACACCACAGAUACUACAGACACUACAGAUACUACAGACACCACAGAUACUACAGACACCACAGAUACUACAGACACCACAGAUACUACAGACACUACAGACACUACAGACCCCACAGACACCACACAAAUCUACACUCAAUAUCACCUGACCCCCACCCCUUCUGUCUAA